CCUGAUUGUGGAGGAAAUAAAUAGGUAUGCCAAUUAGUUUAUAAUCCAUACCCUGAUGAAAAUAAAGCCAAAAUCACGGAUUCACGAGUGGAAAACAACUAAUUCCAAUGAAAUACGAACCUUCAUUGGGCUGAGUUUUUUUGCAAGCUAUCUUCUUCAAGCCGUCAUUUGAGAUGUACUUCAGUAGCCGAGAAUGUAUAUAUAUAAAAUAACGAGAGAAAGUCGCUUCAGUCUAAUGCAUAAAUUUCUACACUUCACUGACAACACUUUUAUCA